AUGCCAUCAUCUCUUCACCGUAGCUUGGCCACGUUUUCCGCCUUUUUCAUCCGUUUCUCAUCUCUUAACCGACUUCAAGUAAUUUCUUCCCGCUCUCUCUCUCUCUUUCUCUAUUUCUUCCUCUCUUCUUCAUUCUCUUUCUUUCUCUCUUUUUUCAAUACCUAUUUCUUUCUUCUACUUUUUCUUGUUCUUCUUGUUCUUCUUCUUCUUCUUCUUCUUCUUCUUCUAAAUUUUACUUCUUUUCCUUUUAAUCAGUUUUUUCACUGUCUUCUUCAUGUUUACUACAUUCAGUUUAUUAGCUACCUUUUGCUCCAAUACAUUUCCCUUCUCCUUCCUUGUCUUGAUUCUCCCUUCCGUCUUCUGCUCCUUCCUGCGAGACUGCUCGUUCUUCACUAUAUUUCCCAUCUUCUACUUCUUUUAAGGACAUUAUUCUUCUUUGUUUCCAUUUUUUCUUUCUCAAAUCUCCUCCUCUUUCUUCUUCUUCUUCUUCUUCUUCUUCUUCUUCUUCUUCUUCUUCUUCUCGAUGAACAUUCUUUGUAUCCCCACAUCCUUCUCCUUCUUGAUUUCCAUAUAGGAUUCAAUGUCGCCGUCUUCCUGCUACUUUAUACUGGGAAGUACACCUGCUUCGGGCACGAAAUCCGGAAGCCAUGA